AUGUCGUCCUUGCGACGACGCAUCUUGGGAGACAACAAUAUUCCGUCAUCGGAUGUUUCGCGUGAGGUGACGCCCGAUAGAGAAGAUGAUGUGCGCGCCAAGCUACGCCAGGUCCGCCAGGAUCUGCGAGAGCAUAAACGUGCCAAAGGAACUAAACGCCGAAACACCUUUAUAUUUGUUCUGGGAGGUCUCGUGGGUGUUUUUGUUGCCCUCUUCUUUGCGCACCAGAAUGAUGUCAUCAACUUCGAGGGCCUGGCCGAGCUCAAUCUGGACUCCUUGAUUGAUGUGAUUCCUGCGAGUAUUAUGAAAGAUGCGCGUGAUAUCCAGCAACAUGAGCGAGAUGCGGUCAACUACGACGCUUUUGCUAUCGGACUACACUUGAGCAACCAAGGCAUCAAAGCCAAGCAUCCGGUCAUUAUGAUUCCAGGAGUGAUCUCGACUGGUCUGGAGAGCUGGGGCACAGACGAGCGGUCGCGACAGUACUUUCGCAAGCGCCUCUGGGGCAGUUGGAGCAUGAUGCGCGCACUGGUCAUGGACAAAACCAGUUGGAAGCAGCACAUCAUGCUAGAUAAAAAUACCGGGCUCGAUCCACCGGGGAUCAAGCUUCGCGCGGCGCAAGGCUUCGACGCGGCCGACUUCUUCGUCACGGGCUACUGGAUCUGGAGCAAAAUUCUCGAAAACCUCGCAACUAUUGGAUACGAUCCUACCAACGCGUUCACCGCCGCGUACGACUGGCGGCUGUCGUACAUGAAUCUGGAAACCCGCGACAACUACUUUACGCGGCUAAAGAGCCAUAUUGAGCUUGCGAAGCAAAUCUCGGGCAAAAAGGCCGUGCUUGUCUCGCACAGUAUGGGCUCGCAAGUCCUCUUCUACUUUUUCCACUGGGUUCAAGCCAAAGGCUACGGCAACGGCGGCGAUUCAUGGGUCGAAGACCACGUCGACUCAUGGAUUAACAUCAGUGGCUGCAUGCUUGGCUCUCUCAAGGGCAUGCCUGCCGUGGUAUCUGGCGAAAUGAAAGAUACAGCACAACUGAACGCGUUCGCCGUGUACGGGCUAGAAAAGUUUCUCAGUCGCGAAGAGCGCACGGAGAUUUUCCGCGCCAUGCCCGGUAUCUCCAGCAUGCUUCCCAAGGGAGGUAAUGCAGUCUGGGGAAACGAGACGUGGGCACCCGACGACACAGAACACCAAAAAGUCACGUUUGGCCCGUUCAUCAACUUCAAGGAAUCGAAUUCCUCGACGUCCCCUAGAAAUCUCACCGUCGAGGCAAGUCUCGAGUAUCUUUUUUCCAACAGCGAGGAAUGGUACCAGAAGGCGGUGCUCGACGCUUACUCGCACGGCGUCGCGCAUACUCGCAAAGAAGUCGAGGCGAAUGAGCGCGAUCCCCGGAAAUGGGUCAACCCGCUGGAAACGGCGCUGCCGAAUGCCCCGAAUUUGAAGAUUUAUUGCUUCUAUGGCAUUGGAAAGCCGACAGAACGCACAUACUUUUACCGCGAGGAACACUUGGCUGCCAAGCUCAAUGUCACCAUCGAUACGUCGCUGACUAUAGGCAAUAUCGAUCACGGUAUCGUCAUGGGCGAGGGCGACGGCACUGUUCCCCUGCUGAGCAACGGAUACAUGUGCGCCAAGGGCUGGAAAAUGAAACGGUAUAAUCCAGCAGGCGUCAAGGUGAAAAUGUAUGAGAUGCCGCAUGAGCCAGACCGCUUCUCCCCUCGUGGUGGACCCAAUACCGGCGACCACGUCGACAUCCUCGGCCGCGCAUCUCUCAACGAACUCAUCUUGCGCGUCGCCGCCGGCCAUGGCGACGAGAUUGAAGACACCAUCUUGUCCAACAUUCUUGAAUACUCUGACCGCGUCAAGAUUUAUGACGACGAGUAG